GAAGGUCCUUCCUCGCAGGCCACGCUAAGCGCGGCGGCGCAUGGGCUCUCUGUGCUCGGAUGGUGGGCAGUGACGGUUGGCGGCGGUGGAGCGUCGCGGGGGUGGAGGGGAGGGUCGCGCGGCCUUUAAGGCGGCGAUAAGAUGGCGAUGGCGGCAGCUGAGGGAAGCCCAGCAGUGGAGCCGGCAGCGUCGCCGCUGACGGAGGGGAACGACGACGAGGAGGAGGCUGAGCCGCCUCAAGAAGAGGAAGAGGAGGAAGACGACGAGGCGGCGGGACCGAGCAGCGGCAGCGCGGGGUUCCGCUUGACGGCGGUGCGUCGCGAGCCGGCAGUGCGGCUGCAGCACGGCGUGAGCGGUGUGGAGCCGCUGGCUUGGUCCGAGGACCACCGCGUGUCGGUCUGCACAGCCCGCAGCAUCGCCGUCCUGGAGCAGCUCAGCGACGUCCAAGGCGGCGGCGGAGGAGGAGGUGGAAGCAGCGGCGCUGACCUCGUCAUCCACCGCACGGCCGUGCCGGCCCCCGCCGCCGCCUGUCACCUCAAGGUGGGCAGUGGAUGGCGACCGCUGCAGGGUGGGAUGGGCGGCCGCGUCUAGGCAUGCACGGCGUGUGCAUGAUCAACCAGCGGAACCCACCGCCACAAUAUGCGGAGGUGUGUCUGUUUUAAAGGAGUUCACUCUCAGUAGGACUAACGUUAAGCGCAGCCUGUGCUCUCAAAUGGCAUAGAGUUGGAAGGAACCCCCCCCCCCCCAAUCAUGUAGUCCAACCCCCUGCAAUGCAGGAAUCGCAUGCAGACCUUGCUUUUUCUGCAAGGGGAGCAAAGUAGCUUAACAUGGUUCUUCCACUCUCUGCUUAAUGAAGUAAGCGAUCCUUAUUCUCACAGUAAUCCAGCAUGUUAGGUUAGGCAAAGAGAAACACAGGCUGGCCCAAGGUCACCUAAUGAGCUUUAUGUGGCUGAGUGGUGAUUUGAGUCUUACAGAUCCUAGUCUAGGGUUAGGAGACCUCAGGAGCAUGAAUGUGGCCCCAGGCCCCACUCAAUCUGGCCCUUGGAACUCUCCCUAGACCACACCCCCUAUUCAGGCCACAAACCCUCAGAUAUCCUGCUCCACACCUUUUUUUUGCCUCACUGAAAUGUGCCUUCAAACUGCCUCUUUCUUGCCUGGGUAGAAAAGUCAGAUAGUUGAAACCUCUGAUAUUUGAAUGACUGGAACGUGCAAAAGUUUUGUUGUUUCUGCUCUGCCCACUUGUCCUCUGGCCCCAUCUACCACUGCCAUAUCCUCCCUAUGAAAGGAUGAAAAGGGUUUCCUGCACCUCUUCCAUAGUCCAACACCAACCACUACACCACAUGGUAGAUCUCCUGGUAGAUAAUAAUAAUUAUUAUUAUUAUUAUUUAUUGUUUAUAUCCCGCCCAUCUGGCUGAGUUUCCCCAGCCACUCUGGGCAGCUCCCAAUCAAAUGUUAAAAACAGUACAGCAUUAAGUAUUAAAAGCUUCCCUAAACAGGGCUGCCUUCAGAUGUCUUUUAAAGAUAGGAUAGCUGCUUAUUUCCUUCACAUCUGAAGGGAGGGUGUUCCACAGGGUGGGCGCCACUACCGAGAAAGCCCUCUGUCUGGUUCCCUGUAACCUCACUUCUCCCAAUGCGGGAACUGCUAGAAGGCCCUCGGUGGUGGAUCUCAGUGUCCGGGCUGAAAGAUGGCGGUGGAGACGCUCCUUCAGGUAUACAGGACCGAGGCCGUUUAGGGCUUUAAAGGUCAGCACCAACACUUUGAAUUGUGCUCAGAAACGUACUGGGAGCCAAUGCAGAUCUCUCAGGACUGGUGUUAUGUGGUCCCGGCAGCCACUUGAAGUCACCAGUCUAGCUGCCGCAUUCUGGAUUAAUUGCAGUUUCUGGGUCACCUUCAAAGGUAGCCCCACAUAGAGCGCGUUGCAGUAGUCCAAGCGGGAGAUAACUAGAGCAUGCACCACUCUGGCGAGACAGUCUGCGGGCAGGUAGGGUCUUAGCCUCCGUACCAGGUGGAACCACCAGAUCUCUGGGUGGUUUGCAAUAAUUCUGGAAGGAUUUCAGGUGUUUUAACAGCAGCAGUGAAAUAAGUCCCACCCUUUGCUACUACUGAAAUGAAGAAAACUUUGGGUAAUCAGAAGUGAAUUUUGGGGUGAAAAGUUAGGAAUUCUUUUCAUUUCCGGGCUCAGAUAUUCUUGUGCUUGUCUUCCACAUCAUAGCUGGUUUGGUUUAUUAACUCAGAGUUCUAUUUUUUUAAAAAAAAAAACCUAAAACAAAGUAGAUCCCACAAACCUGAAGUCUGUGCACCUCCACGCUUUACAUAUUUAGAACAAGGCAUGGCCAGCAUGUGGAAUUUAACUGCUGCAAGAUGUGGGCUUGACUGCUAGUCUCAUUCUUGAAUGAUUGGGCGUGGGGAGAGAUGGUAAGAGGGCUCUUAAAUGAAAGCCACAAUCCCUCCCUCCUCAUGUCAAAUGACUUUUAGUCAAAUCAAGAAUGGGAAACUUACUGCUCUCCAGAUUUUGCUGGACUAGAGCUCCCAUCAUCCCUGACCAUUUUCCAGUGUGGCUGGGACUGAUGGUGAUAGGAAUGCAAUGGCUUCUGUUUCCAGGCCCUCUUCAAGGGGGCCAGGAUAUCUGAAAGACUUCUUCCUCUCAUUUGCAAUGGCUCAUAGGUUACAAUCACCUUCUGAACAGGUUUUGGUGGUUGGGAAUACCAGGCAGGGCCUUUUCUUCAGCAGCUCACGGGCUGUAGAAUUCGCUCCCCAAAUAGGAUUAGAUUGGACUAAUCCCGGUUGACUUUUAGGCAGGCAGCUAGAAAUGUUUUUAUUUCAUCUGAUGUUCAGCAAUGGCUGAUUGGGCGGUUGAUAUUCUCAUUCCAUUUUCCUUGCUUUUUUAGUCUCUGAAUGAUUCUGUUAACAGUGUUUUAGUUGUUGUACUGAUUUUCAGUGUGUCACAAAUUGCUUUGGCCUAAAAGGUGGCAUAAAAAUGUUUUUUUAUGAAAAAAGAUAAGUAAAAUAAAAUAAAUUUGGUUGGCUACUGUUGACAGGAAGCUUGACUCCAUAGACUUUUAGUUCAAUCCUGCUGACACUGUCUUACUUUCUGACAAGGACUGGACAGAUUCAUGGAGGAUAGGGCUAUGGGGUCAUGAUAACUGCCUCUAAGUAUCGGGUGUUAAGGACAAACGAGAAUGUGAUUGUCUUCAUAUCCUACUUCUGAGUGUCCUUGGCUUGCUUGCAGCAAGAAACAGAGGAAUGUAUCCAACUUAGUUCUACUUAAAGUAGAUCUCCUAAAAUGAAUGUAUUUUAGUCCUCUCUGCUUUUAGGGUUUUGUUUUUUUAAAAAGCAAUCAAGCAGUGUAUUAAUUUUAUGAGAUAAAUAAAAUAUGAAAUAAAUAUAUCAGUUUCAGUGAGUAUUCUGAGUAGAACCAAGUUGUAAUACAACCCAGAAUGCUGAAUUGCAUGGCAUUGGGUCUGAUCCAGGAGGGCUAUUGCUCUGUUCUUACAAAGCCAGAAGGAAAUGUGAUAAAUAUAACAGUUUGUAGUUCUAUAAUUUCUAUUACUUUGAUCAUUGUUAACUGCCUUUGCCUCUUUAUGGAGCAAAGGUGGGCAAUAAGAAUAAGUUAUAAUAAUAUUCUCCUUUUCUCAUAAGAAUAGAACCCAAUGGGGUCAUGCAAUAAACAGAAUGGUGAGAGAUUCAGGACAGACAAAAAGAGGGACUUCUUGGUGUAGCAUGUACUUAAACUAUGGAAUCUGCUGUCACAUGGUGUAGUGAUGGCCACUGACUUGGACUGAUUUAAAAGGAGAUUAGUCAACUUCAUGGAGAAUAAGGCUAUCAGUGACUACUUGUCAUGAUGGUUAUAUUACCUCCAGGCUCAGAGGCUUCUGAAUACUGCACCAUUUGCAGGGGAACAAUGACAGCAGGUGGCUAUUGUGCCAGGGUGGUCCAACAUGCAGCCCAAGGGCCACAUGCAGUGUGCUGCUCACAGUUUCCAUGUCAAACUACUACAGCCGCCCACUUGGUAUAAAAAUUUGGACCUCCCUAAGAUAGGUCUUCAGUCUGAUCUUACUGGGCUGCUCUUACGGUAUUUAAUGCUAGAGUGUUCAAAGUUGUGGCAAGAGCUUGCUUGAUCAGAUGUUUUCACCAGUAUUGCACCAGGCUUUUGCUAAAAGUAGCUCAUUUAUAUACAUUUAAGCUGCUACACCAGCCUUCAUUUUGAACAAGCUAGUAAAAUGUUUAAUUGUUAUUUUUUUUAACACACUUAUUCUUUUACAGGUUGGUUCCAAAAAGGAAGUUGCUGAAUGUAAGGAAAAGUUUGCCAGUUCUAAGGAUCCAACCGUGAGCCAGACGUUUAUGUUGGACAGGGUGUUUAACCCCGAAGGGAAGUCGCUGCCGUCCAUGCGAGGCUUCAGAUACUCCAGUUGGUCUCCGCUGGGCUGUGAUGCAAACAGCAGAUGCCUGCUGGCAGCAUUAACCAUGGACAACAGGUUGACCAUCCACGCUAACCUUGACAGACUUCAGUGGGUGCAGUUGGUUGACCUGACUGAGCUCUAUGGAGAGCGCCUGUUUGAGAACGGCUACCGGCUUUGUAAGGGUGAGGGUCCCAGGGUGGAUUUAGGGGACUUCUCUGAAUUCCAGAGAAGGCACAGCAUGCAGACCCUCGUGCGCAUGGAAUGGUCUGGAAUCUGCACCACCCAACAGGUGAAGCAUAAUAAUGAGUGUCGGGAUGUGGGCAGCGUGCUGCUAGCCGGAAUCUUUGACAAUGGCAAUAUUGCCAUCUGGCAGUUCCAGCUCCCAUUUAUGGGCAAGGAAUCAAUUACCUCUUGCAAUACUAUUGAGUCAGGAAUCACUUCCCCCAGCGUAUUGUCAUGGUGGGAAUAUGAGCACAAUAAUAGGAAGAUGAGUGGUCUCAUUGUUGGGAGUGCUUUUGGACCCGUUAAAAUCCUCCCCGUCAACCUUAAAGCAGUCAAGGGCUAUUUCACCCUCAGGCAACCAGUGGUUUUGUGGCAAGAGAUGGACCAGUUGCCUGUACACAGCAUCAAGAGCAUUUCACUCUACCACCCAUAUCAGAAAUGCAGCUGUAGCUUAGUGGUGGCCGCAAGAGGAUGCUAUGUGUUCUGGUGUCUUCUUUUAAUUUCCAAAGCAGGUUUAAAUGUUCAUAAUUCACAUGUUACAGGGCUCCACUCUCUCCCAAUCAUUUCCAUGACAACAGACAAACAGAAUGGGACCGUCUACACAUGCUCUAUUGAUGGGAAGGUCAGGCAGCUGAUUCCCAUCUUCACGGAUGUUGCAUUGAAAUUUGAGCACCAGCUGAUAAAGUUGUCUGAAGUGCUUGGCUCUGUGCGGACUCACGGGAUCGCAGUGAGCCCGUGUGGGGUGUACCUGGCGGUAGUGACCACAGAAGGCAUGACCAAUGGCCUCCACCCUAUCACCAAGAGCUACCAGGUCCAGUUUGUGACUCUUAAAACAUUUGAGGAGGCAGCAGCCCAGCUGCUAGAAUCAUCUGUCCAAAACCUUUUCAAGCAGGUUGACCUCACGGAUCUUGUCCGCUGGAAGAUCUUGAAAGAUAAGCACAUUCCACGAUUCCUACAGGAAGCCUUGGAGAAAAAGAUUGAGAGCUUUGGGUCCACUUAUUUUUGGCGCUUUAAACUGUUUCUCUUGCGGAUUUUGUACCAGUCACUGCAGAAGGCUCCCUCUGAGGCCCUGUGGAAGCCAACCCAUGAGGACACAAAAGUCUUAAUAGCACAUUCCCCUGGGAUGGGCACCAGUGAAGAGCAUCAACAAGACAAAGGCACUUCAAAACAGGGCAGCAAGCAGAAUCCAAGCGACAUAAUCCGAGGAGCAGAUGUGGAUGAUCUGGCAGAUGACUCUCUUGUCUACUCCAGUGACAUAGGAGGACGGGAGCCAAUGGAAGAUAAGCUUCUUGAAAUCCAAGCUCAGAUUGAAGCAGUAGAAAUGCAUUUGACACGGGAACAUAUGAAGCAAGUGUUGGGCGAAGUCUACCUGCACACAUGGAUUACGGAGAACACCAGCAUUCCCACGAGGGGAGUCUGCGACUUCUUAAUGUCUGAUGAAAGUUAUGAUGACAGGACAGCAAGGGUAAGUGCAUCCCAGCAUAAAAGCUGUUGGGUUGCAGUAGGAUAGCAUGGCUUAGUUUGCCCUAUCAAAUCCUGGCAUAAGAAACCAGGAUAUGCACCAGCUUCAUGUAUACACAUACAGCCCCAUUUCUCGCUCUUUGCUCCUCUCUUUGUGCAAUCAGCGAAGCAACCAUAGUUUCUUGUUAUGUGUGACAAACAAACCUCAAUUCAAAAGCCAGCUGUAAACCUUGGUGCAUAUUAAAAUUUUUAAAAGAUGGGUCUCUAAUCUGGAAAAGUCAAAGGCUACUGUGUCUAGGUCUUUGGUGCAGGCUUCUGAUGCCCUUCAGUGUUUAUCUGUCCUUAUUCACUAGGCAGAUCUGGUAGCCCUGACUGUGCUCCUGGCGAAGAAAGCAGGUCCCACCUGCCCAUAUUAGCAAGUUAUAGUUUGGAUUCCUAAUAGUUCUUGAGGGUCUGCCAGAGGAUCACAACUUCUGUUACUGGCUUCUGUAAAUAUCGUGGACUUGUUGAUCUGAUCUAAUGCCAGAUCUCAUCAGGGAUCAAAGGGGAGGUGCUCUUUGGUAAGGCCAGAACUACCACAGACAACUCUGCGUCACUUCCUUUCUGUGACGAUUCUAACUACCAUCAAAUCACCUGUCUGAGGAAAGAACUGUGUGGCAGGAGCUGCCUUGUCCUCCUGGCCUGGGCAUUAUCUGAUCCUGAAUUUGGUCUGGCGGGGUUGGGGUGGGAAAGGGUUGCUUGUCCCCCCCAAGACAAGUGGCACCUGUAUAGACAGUCUGUAAGGCAGAGGAGACUGCUUACUUAUGCUAAACUGGACUGAGAGCAACUUUCUUGAAACCUACUUGUAAGCCACUUUUUAACAAAUAAACUGCUUUCAAAACUUGUGAGUUACCCAGUGGUAUAUUAAUAUCCUAAAUAAAAUCAGUAAAUAUUUGUAGAAGUCAAAACAUCAUACUUUUCAGGAGGGAGUGCUAGGGCCUUCCCCUGCUGCCUCUCCAGUUGACAUAUUAAUUGUAAGAUCCUUGGGGCAGGGGACCUGACCUUUUGCUUAUGUCUUAUUUAUUUACUUUCAUUAAUGUAUUUAUAUACAGUCCUUCACAAUAUUCAACUUUGGGUGCUUACAGUACAGUUUAAAACAGAACAGUAAUAAAAUAUGCAAUAAAACCGAAUGAAGGUAACAAAUAACAUAAUUAGCACAAUACUGGCAGCCCCCCAUUUACGCAGAGUUAUGUUCCGAGGCACUGCACACAUUGGUGAAAUGGGGUUUAAUUGAAACCCAUCGAAAAAACCUGCAAACACCAUGUUCCACCCCUGCUCUGCUCUCAUCCCACCUUUUAGUGAUGUUUUUAUGACCUUUCCAAGUCACUUCCAGGUUCGGUGCGAUUCGCAUAUACAUGAGCAGGCAUACUGAAUGUGCAUAAACGGGGGGCUGCCUGUACACAAAAUAGCAAUUAAACUGGAAAGUAAAAAAAAACAAAACCCCAACUUCAAUUCCAGUGGUUUUAAAAUGUAUAUUCCUUCCAUUAUGAUCUUAAAGUACAAACCAUUACCGUGUCUGAGAGAAUAAAAAUGUAUGAAGCUGAUGCCUUCUAGAUAAUAAAGUGGGGGCCAGGUAAGCUUCCUUAAGGCUGGAGCAGUCAGCAAGGCUUACUUGGAUUCCCAACACCAAGAUCGUUGCCAUGUACCAGGGGAAGGGUGCAGGUGGCCAGGAGGUUGGCACUGGGAGGGUGCAACCAGUCUGAUGCCUGCACCAUGCCAACCUCCCUUCUUCCUCCUGUUAACUAGCAGCAACCUUGGAAUUGGGAAGCCAGGUAAGCACUACCACCCUGCCCUACUGACCACUCCUGACUUCAGGAGAGUUCCCCAGCUUGGGAUACCCUAGAUGAAGAAGCCGUCUCUUUUGUUUCCUUUUUAAUCUGUGAUGAUUGCAAAACUCUUUAAGAGCCACAGCAAAAGAUCUUUCUGCUUGGUUGAUGUGGGAGCAGGUGGUCCAUAGAGCCCUGCCUCCAUUGAUGGUUCUACAUAAAUAACAAUUGUGCAGUUCCGUGGUUGCCACAAUCCCGUAUUUUUCUGCAGCUUCCUAAGUAGCUAAGACUUGAAACUCUGCUGACAUAAGAAAGAGUGUUCAAAAAUAUUUUAUCAUGUUCUCUUGAGUGGUAACAUGCGCUUUGAGGCAAAGCUCCUCUCUUUUCGAUUUACCUUCAACCAUCAGUUUUCUUCCGAAAUGCGUGGGGGGUUAGGGCAAUUAAGUUCCUCAGACUACCUGAGCGGCAUGCGGAGAAGUCAUUCACUCUGCAUUUUGCAUGCCUGAGACGCCUUUGUUGCUUUUUCAUUCUGUUGUAUUCCUUUUUAAGCAGGGCUUGGGCUUUUGCAUCUUGUGUUCUUCAGAAAGCCCGCCUCACAACUCCUGUGAGAUUUCCCCACCUUUCAGCAGGCAGCUGUCUCUUCCUAUAAGUGCUGCUACUGACUGCUGCUGCUGUGUGUUCCCAGGUGCUGAUUGGGCAUAUCUUAAAGAAAAUGAACAAACAGACUUUCCCAGAGCACUGCAGCUUGUGCAAAGAGAUCCUGCCGUUCACAGAUCGCAAGCAGGCAGUUUGCUCCAACGGACACAUUUGGCUCAGGUAAGCCCAACUUCAAGCAAGCGCUGUCAGGUUCCCUUCUUUCUGAUUUAGCCAAGUGGAGGGAGGGGGCAGGUGUUUAUCAGUGGCUGUGAAAUGCCUUUCUGCAUGCCGAGGGGAGCAGAGAGUUAGAAUCAUGUUGAUCUCUGCUUGCCUGAGAAAGUCUGCAAACAGGCAGGGUGCUUGCUUGCACGGGCUGGAGAAGUAUGGCUCUUACGCAGACAGUUUGAAAUUUCUUUUCAAUGCUAUUUCAGCCUGUUGGCAGUUGUGUGCCUGAGUGCCUAACUUUUGCCACUUCCCUCAUUGCCAUCUUGUUCACAACAGACACUGGAAUGUGGUGUACAGUGGUACCUCGGGUUACAUACGCUUCAGGUUACAGACUCCGCUAACCCAGAAAUAGUACCUCAGGUUAAGAACUUUGCUUCAGGAUGAGAACAGAAAUCGUGUUCUAGCGGCACAGCAGCAGCGGGAGGCCCCAUUAACUAAAGUGGUGCUUCAGGUUAAGAACAGUUCCAGGUUAAGAAUGGACCUCCAAAACAAAUUAAGUUCUUAACCCGAGGUACCACUGUAUCGCUUUUGAGGUUCCUGGGAGGCAAGUGGGCAUUCAACACCCGGAGGUGUUUCCCAGCAUGUGCUGUUUUGGACAGACCUGUAAAUCUGCACCCCACCCCCAAACUGUCUUUAAAAUUAUGUCAACUUAAAAUGCUUUUAACUUUGUACUUGUUUCUUGGUGUGUGUGAAAUGUGUUUUAUCCCAAGAAGCUGCCUUGGCAGCCUAAGAUGGGCUGAAACGAAGGGUAUAGAUUCAUUAAAUUGAAAGAAAUUAGCCAAAGGGAUAGGAAUCGGAAUCUGACCAUGAAACUACAAGUGCUGAAGCUGAAUAUUGAGCCGAUUUGGAGUAUGUUACCUGCCUGUGCUCAUGUAAAACUCUAUUGGAGAAUUGUUUGUUGCUGCCAUAUUGAUUUGAAACCUGUGGUAGAUCUGACCAAAUGGAUUCUGUUCCACCAAAGUUUCUGUCAUUAUAGACUUGUAAGCCUUUGAAUGUGCUGUUGACUCUUGGCUGUUCUGAUUUGAAACUAGUGUUUCCCGAUUGCCUCCCUGACAGUGAUGUAGUAUUUUUUGAUACAGUUUCCCAGUAUUUUCAAAUGUACUCAUUUAAAAAACUUUUGUAUACCCCUAAAAACAUGUGUGUAAACCAACAAUGUGGUAGUCUCAAAUACUGGUAGGUGGGCAACGUGGCCAGCUAGUUUCAGUAAGGUGGGUAACUGGCAUCACUACCUCAGAUUAUGCAGGAUAGUUCUACCAUGCCAACAAUGUUUGAAAAAUAAUGUCAUCUGAAUCAUUAUUUUGAGUGUAUUUGCUAAAAGAUGCUAACAUUCUGUGCCCAGGCCAUCAAAACUGAUCUUGAAGCCUCAGGGCAAAACUAGUGGAAAUUUUGCUUGACAAAAUUUUGAGAUUUGGAGGCAAUCCUAUCAUUGUAGCUACAGUGGUUAAAUGUUUUCUUUCCCCACUUUAUAGGAGAGAUGAAUUAUGUGUCUUACCUGCUUUCCUGCCCAGUCAAGAAAUUCAUAUUUUUCCUGUACUAGUCUUGGAUAAUCUGAUUUGCUUUCAUUAGUUGUAUUCUACAUUUACAUCCAACUGGUGAUUUCUUUUUAGAAGAGUUUGGAUCUAGACUAAGUUAGUUCAUCUUAGGCCCCACUGAAAUUAUUGUGCAAGUUACUCAUUACUCAUUAUUCCCAUGGGAGCAGAAUUCAAUUAAUUUCAUCCAGUCCAGUAUUUCCUUUCUUGGUAUCAUUUGAAACAGGGCUAGGGAACCUGUGCAGUUCUACAGAACUCCAGCUCCCAACAACCCUGACAGUUGGCUCUACAGGCUGGGACUGAUGGGAGUUGGAGUCCAAUAGCAUCUGGAGGGCUGCAUGUCCUCCAGCUAUGAUCCGAAGGGUGGCACAGAUGGCAUUCUGAGAAGCAUCUGAUCCUUUUAACCACAAAGGCCUUUCCAUAAUUCUUUUCCCACUUCUGCCACUUCUGCAGGUGCUUCCUUACCUAUCAAGCCUGCCAAAGCCUGGUGUACAGAAGAUGCUUGCUUCGUGACAGCAUUGCGCGGAAUCCAACCCCAGAAGGUGAGCUCUUUCCUUUAGACCUAGGAGUGGAUGAUGCGGCAGAGUCUGGCUGAGUUUCUGAUCUGGGCAAAGAUGCAGGCUCUGCAUUGAUCUACCCUAGGCACCUAUCAAGCAUUCCUAUCAGCUGGGUGAGGCCUAAACACCCCAGAUAUUGAUUUACCUUGACCUUUUUGUUAGGUCAUAGAUUCUCAUUUCUCCAUUUCAAAAUCCACUUGAGAUUUCAUUCCAGAAGUUGCACUUCUUGGAAUGGGGAGUCAUCCUCUUUUUGUGUAUCAUAAUGAGACUGAAGUCAUCCAUGAAAGAAAAGGCAAGAAGAUCCCAAGUUGCAUAUAAUGCUGUUUCUUUGGUCCAAUAUGUUUUGAAGCAAAUCUGUGCUCCCCAGUAACAGUUUGCAAAUAAUUACAUGUGUGAAGAAUAUUUGCGAGCACAGAACACUGUGCUUUGUGGAGCCUCCCACCACCCUAACCCCCAGAUUAUUUUCUUCAAAACACUUUAGACAGUAUUUAUCUGUGUAUAACAUGCCCCCGUGUAUAAGACUCAAAAUUAAGAAAAUGGGGGGGGGGGGGUUGCCCUCCUGUAUAAGACUAUCCCCUUUUUAACAUUAUUAUUAGUUAAAAAACCUAGUCUUACAUACGGAAAAGUAUGGUGGUAUUCUGUGUACUGUACUGUGAGGCAUUUCCCCCUAUUGUCUCAUGAUUGGCCUUCUCUUUCGUUAUCGCCUUUCCUCAUUAGUUCUCCAACAACCCGUUUUCUUAUUUUCAGAUCCUGAUUGGAUCAAGAGGUUGCUGCAGGGGCCUUGCAGUUUUUGUGACUCUCCUGUUUUCUAAAGAACAAGAUUGAGAGCCUGAUGUAUGUUUUUCCAGCGCACAAAGCACCACUCUAACCCUGGAAACUGCCUGAAGGUGCAAGCAUGUAAAUUACCCAGAAAGGAACUUUUGAGUAGAAGACAGUGAGCUGGACAUGCUUAGUGGUCCAGCAUCCCAUUUCAAACCUGAGAGGAAGCAGAAAAGCCUUCUGUUGGGAAAACUUCAGCACAGACACUUUGGAAACAGCCCUGACCCAUCCCAGUUAAGCAUUGGUACUUGACUCCUUUCUUUUCUUGUCAAGUAGGGUCUGGAAUUGGAGAAAUGCACCGGGGCUGACUUCACACCACCCUCCAGCCUGCUUCAUUUGGCAAUGGGAUGCUUUUCGUGCAAAGAUCCCAGCAGUGGGGGAUACCGCUGCUGCUGCUGCUGCUGCUGCUGCUGCUGCUGCUGCUGCUACUACUACUACUUCAUAGGACUUCAUAGAAAUUCAUAGGACUUCAUAGGAAUUCAUAGGACAACAGGAUUUGAGCCUGCUUUGUGGUCUUUCAUUUAUUUUUCAAUAAAUGUUUUGAACAAAUGGUGCUCACUGUGCCAGAGACAAUUAAAUAUUUAGAAAUAACAUGCGGGUUUAAGAAUAUUUUUUAAAAUGUCCUGCAUGCCCAUCACAUGAGGGUGAAAAUCCUGACCAUUUCACUCCUACAGAGGUUGGCAAUCAAGUCCAGUGGCUUCUUAUAGGAAACGUUAAUCCCUCUGUGCCAAAUGUGGGAGGGUAAGUUUUAAAAGGCUAAUCAAGCUAUUUCAGCAAUGGAGCAUGUCACACAGGGCCUCUUUUCUAAAAGUCUGAGCAUCAGCAUUUUUGAUCAAACUCUUCUUGCCAGUGAAUUUUUACCCCCUUGCAGCCCAGUUCCCCCUUCUAAUCGCAUAAUCCCCUCCCAAAUUUUUGCCAGUGCCUUUUAAUUUUUUUAGCAACAAUUAUGCUUGCCAGGAAUUCUUCUUCCUCCCAUUAUAGAUGGAUACAUUAUUUGUAGCUUGUUGGCUUUGGCAGUCAAUAUGUUAGAAAAUGCAACCAGGCAAAUGUCUAACUUUCCCACCAAAGUUCUGCGGCCAUUCACUCUUGUCUUAUGAAAUGAAGCUAUCCAGCCAGAGAACUAACACUUGUAAAAAUCCAUUUUCUCUUUCAGUUUAGCUGCUUAGGGCUCUGCUUGCAGAGAGGUGGGGUGUAAAUGUUUUAAAUAAAAUUAAAACAUUUGCAGCUUGCUGUGGCAGAAUCUACAGCUGGAUCCCUCCCACAGGAGGUGGUGAUAGCAACCAACUUGCAGAGCUUUAUAAGAGGAUUAGACAGAUGGAUAAGGCUGUGUUCUCCCUCUGCUGUCAAAGGUGGUCUGCCUCUGAAUACUAGUGGUUAGAAACCACAGGGAAGGGGAGACAGAGGUGCCAGCUUUUGAAGGUGAAUUGGGGGGGGGGGGGUUGUGGUACAUGAUGUCAGGAUGUUGGAGGAGCUGGGGGCAGAGCCGAACGUGGCAGCAGUGCAGUGGCAGCCCGGCUUCAAUGGCAGAUGCUGCUACUGCUGUUGCCACCAUCAGGGUCUGUUUCCCUGCUCCUUCUGCUCCAUGACUGGAGGAGGAGAAGCCAGCUACUGAAGCCACGCCACGCUUGGCCGCCUCUGCUGCUUUUGGACUUGGGGGCCCUCCCCCCAAAAUUGGGAGGGCAAAAGGGCUCAGCUCCUAGGAGAUGGCACCCCUGAGGGGAGAGUAUUCUUGUACUCAGGUCCUGCUUAUGGGCAUCCCAGAAGGGGCUGUGCCACUGUGAGAACAGGAUGCUGGACUAGAUGGGUCAUUGGCCUCAUCCAGCAGGGCUCUUCUUAGGUUCUUACAAGCUGCAGCAGAAUAAAUCAGAGGUCCUCAGAACUACUUCAGACUGUGUAGUGGGGAGCACAUUUGUAGCACUUCUCUCUGUAAAUAAUAAAGUCACCAGUAAAGAGUUCCUGCAGGUUAAAAUCAAGUAAUCUGCAUAUGUAGGCUAAGCCCUCUGAGGACAUGCCCUUCAUAGGAGUGAGCAGGAAUUCUCUAGGACUCCGUUCAUAGGCUGUAGGUACACUUUUUAGUUGUCCUUGCACUUUAAAAGGUGGAGGUCAAUUUGGAUUGAUCAACCAGUUCAUGGAAAUAGGAAUUUAUUGGCAGGGUGAACCGAAAGGGAUCAUAAAAUGUUGUUGGUUAUGUUAAUCAUUUUGUGCUUUGGGGCUGAUGUUUUUAGUGCCUCUGAUGACUUUGUUCUAAUGCUUUCUCCUGAAGUUAUUUACUGCUCCCCUUGUACUUUCCAAGAAGGUCUUUCACGCUGUGGGUAUGAAAGAUCCAUGUAAGCAGGUCAAGAUGAUAGUCCUCACCCUACAACUCCAGCAUGAAGGUCUCCUCCAGUUUAAAAGGAUAUUGAAUAGAACAGUGAGUGCAGUCUUGAGAGUAACUACAAAUCAGUGUAGACAACACUGGGCUCAAUAGGUUGAUGGCAAAGUGAUCUACUUUUUGUUUUGUUUUUUAUUCUGGAGAUGAGUUGACCCUGCUGGAGGAGGCAGUGCUAUUUCCCAGCGAUCACUCCCCACCCCCCACCCCUAGCCUGUUGGAGCCCAUUCUCAGCCUAUUGAGAGGACCUAAAUAGUACGCAUUAGGCAGUAUGCUGGGUUAAUUGGAUUAAAACAGUGUAAAAGGCUAAUUAAAUAUUGAACAAUGUAUUCUUGCUAUGGUAAGCUGAGCAAGAGAGUGGAGUGUAUGGAGCUGAAUUCUCAUCAAUCAGCACUACUGAAGAACUCCACAAACUGCUGUAAUAGAUUUGGUGUUGUGUGGGAGGUUAUAUGCGGGCAAAAUACAGCACCUGUACUUCUACUAGAUGGACUUCAAUUCUUUCCUUUAUCGACUUUCUAUUUCCUUCCAAAGGUAAUGCCCAGUAUCUUUUAGUUGCAGAGAGAUUUAACAAUGGGAGGAACCCACUGAACCCUCAGAAGCACAUGAGAGCUGAGUUCAGACUCAGUUCUGUUUUUCAACUGUCUUGACUGUGACAAAACUUGUCAAGUGGCUGACUCAAGCCCAUGGCAGUUGAAGGGGCCAAUUUUUGAUGAAGGAACAUUGUAGAAUCAAAAUGGAGGAGCACCAGUCUGCUGCUGACAAAGGGUUUACAACUUAGCAAAGUCUUCUGUCUUGUGACUUAUUUCUGAAUGCUACCCUCAUAACCAAACGACUCCCACUUCUGCUCUGUGUUUGUGUGUGUUAAAAAAAAAAACCCCACACACUGAAUGUAGGAGGAGUUUAUCCAUCCCACUUUAGUUUUAUAUCUAUAUAAAUAUUUUUUAUUAAAGAUUUUCCUCGUUUACAAAAGC